UCCGCCCUCAGGCCUGCCUCUCGCGCAUCCGGGCUCUCAGCGCCACACGGGGAAGAUGGCGGCGGCGACGGUGGCGGCGGCGCUCCCCGACGAGUGGAUCAAGAACUGGGAGAAAUCGGGCAAAAGCGAGUUUUUGCAGUUAUGUCGUUCUCUUGCUGAAAAUAAAAGCCAUGAUAACGUGACUGUGAGAAGAUUUUCAUCUGGGAAAAUGCGGAAUGAGAUGGACUCUCUUAAAUGUAUUCAGCAGGCACUGUAUGAGCUUGCUUACCAUGUUGUGAAGGGAAACCUAAAGCAUGAUCAAGCAUCAAAUGUACUCAGCGAUGUUAUAGAAUUUCGGGAUGACAUGCCCUCCAUCCUAGCUGAUGUAUUCUGCAUAUUAGAUAUUGAAACUAGUUGUUUAGAAGAAAAGAAUAAGAGAGAUCAGUUUAUGCAGCUGGUGUUAGCAUGUUUGUAUUUAGUUUCAGACACUAUACUAAAAGAGCGGCUGGACCCAGAAACAUUAGAGUCGUUAGGGCUUAUCAAGCAGUCUCAACAGUUCAAUCAGAAGUCUGUGAAAAUCAAGACAAAACUUUUUUAUAAGCAACAGAAAUUCAAUUUAUUAAGAGAAGAGAAUGAAGGUUAUGCGAAGCUGAUCGCUGAAUUGGGACAAGAUUUAUCUGGAAAUAUCACUAGUGAAUUGAUCCUAGAAAAUAUCAAAUCGUUAAUAGGAUGUUUUAACCUGGAUCCUAACAGAGUGUUGGAUAUUAUCUUAGAAGUCUAUGAAUGCAGGCCAGAAUAUGAUGAAUUCUUUGUACCUUUGAUAGAAUCUUACAUGUAUAUGUGUGAACCUCAAACACUCUGUCAUAUCCUUGGAUUCAAAUUCAAAUUCUAUCAGGAGCCAAAUGGAGAGACUCCUGUCUCUUUAUACAGAGUUGCUGCAGUUCUUUUGCAACAUAAUCUAAUAGAUUUGGAAGAUCUUUAUGUUCAUCUUCUUCCAAGUGACAAUACUAUCCUUGAAGAACACAAACGAGAAAUUGGAGAAGCAAAGCAAAUUGUGAGGAAACUUACAAUGGUUAUACUAUCUUCUGAAAAGACUGAGGAGAAGGAAAAAGAAAAAGAGAAGGAAGAAGAGAAGACAGAAAAGCCACCUGAUAACCAGAAACUGGGUUUAUUAGAAGCAAUGUUAAAAAUCGGUGAUUGGCAGCACGCCCAGAGCAUUAUGGAUCAAAUGCCUCCAUUUUAUGCAACGUCACACAAGCCUAUCGCUGUCGCCCUUUGUCGGCUUCUUCAUGUGAUGAUUGAACCUCUCUAUAGGAGAGUUGGAGUACCCAAAGGUGCUAAAGGCAUACCAAUCCCCCCUUUGCAAAACAAGAGAGCGCCGAAACAAGUAGAAAGCUUUGAAGAUUUAAGGAAGGAAGUGUUCAACAUGCUUUGUUACCUCGGGCCUCAUCUCUCUCAUGAUCCCAUUUUAUUUGCAAAGGUGGUUCGUCUUGGCAAAUCUUUUAUGAAAGAGUACCAAUCUGAUGGAAGCAAGCAAGACGAUAAGGAGAAAAUGGAACUAUUAUUCAGCUGUUUGCUGAGUAUUACAGAUCAGGUUUUACUCCCUUCUCUUACCUUGAUGGACUGCAAUGCGUGUAUGUCAGAAGAACUUUGGGGAAUGUUUAAAACAUUUCCGUACCAGCACCGGUACCGUCUCUAUGGCCAGUGGAAGAAUGAAACGUAUAAUAGUCACCCGCUGCUAGUGAAAGUUAAAGCUCAGACAAUUGACAGAGCCAAAUAUAUUAUGAAGCGUCUAACCAAGGAAAAUGUAAAGCCUUCUGGAAGACAAAUUGGGAAACUGAGCCACAGCAAUCCAACUAUUUUGUUUGAUUAUAUUUUGUCUCAGAUACAGAAGUAUGAUAAUUUAAUAACGCCAGUUGUUGAUUCAUUGAAAUACCUCACUUCGCUGAAUUACGACGUCUUGGCAUAUUGCAUUAUUGAAGCACUGGCCAAUCCUGAAAAGGAGAGGAUGAAGCACGAUGACACUACAAUCUCCAGCUGGCUACAAAGCCUAGCUAGCUUCUGUGGUGCAGUUUUUCGAAAAUACCCUAUCGAACUUGCUGGCCUACUCCAGUAUGUGGCAAAUCAACUAAAGGCGGGGAAAAGUUUUGACCUACUUAUUUUGAAAGAGGUAGUACAAAAAAUGGCUGGGAUAGAAAUUACUGAAGAGAUGACCACGGAGCAGCUAGAAGCCAUGACUGGGGGAGAGCAGCUCAAAGCCGAGGGUGGAUAUUUUGGCCAGAUCAGAAACACUAAAAAAUCUUCUCAGAGAUUAAAAGAUGCACUUUUGGAUCAUGAUCUUGCCCUUCCACUGUGCCUUCUCAUGGCUCAGCAGCGAAAUGGUGUGAUCUUUCAAGAAGGAGGAGAGAAACAUUUGAAGCUCGUGGGAAAACUGUACGACCAGUGUCAUGACACUCUGGUGCAGUUUGGUGGAUUUUUAGCGUCCAACUUAAGCACAGAGGAUUAUAUUAAGAGAGUGCCUUCUAUCGAUGUUCUCUGUAAUGAGUUUCAUACACCUCACGAUGCUGCAUUUUUCCUUUCAAGGCCUAUGUAUGCACACCACAUUUCAUCAAAAUACGAUGAACUGAAAAAAGCCGAAAAAGGGAACAAGCAGCAGCAAAAAGUUAACAAAUAUAUUACGUCAUGUGAACUUGUGAUGGCUCCGGUUCAUGAUGCAGUAAUCUCCUUGCACCUUCCCAAAGUUUGGGAUGACAUCAGUCCACAGUUUUACGCCACGUUCUGGUCACUAACAAUGUAUGACCUCGCUGUGCCUCAGAGCAGCUAUGAGAGGGAAGUCACCAAACUCAAAGUCCAGAUGAAGGCAAUAGAUGACAAUCCGGAAAUGCCUUUGAAUAAAAAGAAAAAAGAAAAAGAACGCUGCACGGCCCUUCAGGAUAAGCUGCUUGAAGAAGAGAAGAAACAAUCUGAGCAUGUGCAAAGGGUGCUGCAGAGGCUGAAGUUAGAAAAGGAGAAUUGGCUUCUUGCAAAAUCUACCAAAAACGAGACCAUAACGAAAUUUCUACAGUUGUGUAUAUUUCCUCGCUGCAUUUUCUCUGCCAUUGAUGCCAUCUACUGUGCCCGCUUUGUGGAACUAGUUCAUCAACAGAAAACACAAAAUUUUUCCACGCUUCUUUGUUAUGAUAGAGUAUUCUCUGAUAUAAUCUAUACAGUAGCAAGCUGUACUGAAAAUGAAGCUAGUCGCUACGGAAGGUUUCUGUGCUGUAUGCUAGAAACUGUAACACGGUGGCAUAGUGAUAGGACCAUAUAUGAAAAGGAAUGUGGUAACUAUCCAGGUUUCCUCACUAUAUUACGGGCAACUGGUUUUGAUGGUGGGAACAAAGCUGACCAAUUAGAUUAUGAAAAUUUUCGACAUGUGGUACACAAGUGGCAUUAUAAGUUAACCAAGGCUUCCGUGCACUGCCUUGAAACGGGGGAGUAUACACACAUCAGAAAUAUCCUGAUUGUCUUGACCAAAAUCUUGCCAUGGUAUCCCAAAGUUGUGAAUCUGGGCCAGGCCUUGGAAAGAAGAGUCGACAAAAUCUGUAAAGAGGAGAAAGAGAAGAGACCCGAUCUCUAUGCAUUAGCUAUGGGCUAUUCUGGACAGUUGAGAAGUAGAAAACAUUGCAUGGUCCCUGAAAAUGAUUUCCACCACAAGGACCCACCCACCAGGAAUGCAGUACCUACAACAGUGCAGAAUGGGCCAGGUGGAGCUGCGCUGCCUCCUUCGCUGACAGUAAAUGCAGCUAAAAUGGAAGAAAGCACUACUGAGGAGACUGAUAAAUUAAAGGAGAAAUCUCAGGGUGCUGUGAAAGUAAUUAACAAAGCUGCCAGUACAAUGCCAAAAAUGACUGCAAGCAAUGGGAACAGUGCUUCUAACAGCAAAGUUAUUAAAGAAAAAGAAGACAAAGAGAAAUGUGGGAAGGAAAAAGACAAGGAGAAAAAAGAGAAGACUCCAGCUGCCACUCCUGAGGCCAAAGCACUUGGAAAAGAUGGGAAAGAAAAACCAAAGGAAGAGCGGACAAACAAAGAAGAUAAAGCCAGAGAUACCAAGGAGAAGACUCCCAAGUCAGAUAAAGAGAAGGAAAAGGCCAAGAGAGAAGAGAAAUCCUCCAAGGAUGAAAAAUCCAAGAUAAUUGUUACCAACGCUGAGUCAAAAUCAACAGCAGAAAAGGAGAGAGAGAAGGAACCAUCCAGAGAGAGAGAGGUCUCUAAGGAUAUGAAAGCCAAGGAAAAUAUUAGAGGAGGAGGAGGAGGAGGAGAGAAGGUGCCUGUUGCUGGGUCCUUGAAGUCACCUGUUCCCCGAUCAGAAGCAUCAGAUUCUGAAAGGGAACAAAAACGCCGCAAAGUUGAUACCCAUUCUUCUCCAUCGCAUUCCUCAACUGUAAAGGACAGCCUCAGCGAACUUAAGGACUCCUCAGCAAAGCACUACAUUAACCACUCAGCUCCAACACUGUCCAAGAGUAAAGAGAGAGAAGUGGAAAAGAAAGAUUUGGACAAGUCAAGGGAAAGAUCCAGAGAGAGAGAGAAGAAAGAUGAGAAGGAGAGGAAAGAACGGAAACGGGAUCAUUCAAAUAGUGACCGAGAAGUCCCCCAGGAUUCAACCAAAAGGCGGAAGGAGGAAAAUGGAACAACUGGUUCCUCCAAGCACAGCAAGAGCGAAAGUCCCUCUGAUUCACCUCUCUCAAAUGAGAAGGAGAAGGAGAAAAACAAAUCGAAAUCUUCAAGCAAAGAAAAAGGAGACUCCAUCAAAGUGGAUAAAACAGAGAAAAGCUCAUCUGCUAGCAAAAAGGAAUCCAGACAUGAUAAGGAGAAAACAGAGAAAAAAGAUAAACGGGACAGCACUGGCGGCAAAGAAGAAAAGAAACAUCAUAAAUCGUCAGACAAGCACAGAUAAUGAAUACUGUUCUGACCAAGGCAAGGUUGAAGUAGGAAGACACCGAGCUGUGACCAGAAAUAUAUUUUCUGGAAUAUGAAUUGCACAGAAGAUUGCGAAUGAAGAGGACCCAUCUGCAUCUCCUUAAAUUAUUCAGUUCUCUGCUUUUAUUUCCCUUCCACUGUUGAAGAUUUGAUUGUUGAGUUGUACAUUACUGUAUUUUUAACUUGUCGCUUAGUUUCUUAAAACAUUUAUUUUCAGUACCUGGCUGAAAGUGUUACAUGUUCCAUAUUUUUAGCACAAUGUGCUGCAAACAGUUGCCAUCGUGCAAAUGAGGUUUUUCAUGUGUACAGAGUUCCACGUUAGAUUUAUCAAAAAAUACUGCCUGAGUUUAGUAAUCCUUUUCGAUUUGGAAAUGCAUUCUUUUAGGUGUUCGGAAACCAACAAAUAAAACCGUUAUAUGAACCUUUUUGGAAUUUACCUCAUUGAAAUCUAGUUUUUAUUUAUUGUUUUUAAUAUCAAAAAACUAAAACGAAGUGGGAGCACUGUUUUCGAGCAUUGCUUAGGAAUUAUUUGUAUAUUAUGUGCACAACAUUGACUUGUUCAAAGUGACAAAAAAAAAGCAACCCUACACUUGAUCGUUCCUCACUACACCUUAUGUUUGUCAUAAUGUUUUUAGAGAAAUCAGGAAAUACUUUCUUCCAAACAGAAAAUAAAUAUUAGGUUUCAAUUCUGCAGCCACAGGAGCUUUGUAUUGCUGGACUUUAGUCAAAAAAAGAUAAAUUUCACAAUGACAUUUUUAAAAAAGGAAAACAAUUUUUUUAUCUGAAUUCUACCAGUGUAACCUUUUUUCUAAAUAAAUGAUAGUUUUAUCAAUGGGUCGUAAA